AUGAUGUUUCAAUUACUUUCCGUCAUAGCUACCGUGCUUACCCUAGCCUCAACUGUCGCAUCAACCGGCCUACUAGUACCACUAUAUGCCUGGCCCGGCAUCGACGCAUGGAACACAAUCUACGACUCAAUCGCAGCCCAUCCCUCAAUCCCAUUCUACCUGAUAAUCAACCCAUCCACGGGUCCCGGCACCACAAAAUACCCAGCAGACGUCUUCAUAACCGCUAUCGCCAAGCUAAACAGCUAUUCCAACGCCAAAGUCCUGGGGUACACCUACACACAUCAAGGCACGCGAGCCAGCUCCGAAGUCGAAAAGGACAUCGCUACCUACGCCAAAUGGGCGACCUACGCAGGGAAGAAUAUCCGUCUCUCGGGCAUCUUCUUCGACGAGGCACCGAACGGCGCGGAUCCGAGCAAGCUCCCCUAUUUCCAGAACCUAUCGAGGAAAUCUAAGAGCAGCAGCUUGAGCACAGUCGUCUUCAACCCUGGUGUCAAGCUCGUGGCUGAUGUUGCUAAGUGGUUCGCAGCCGCGGACUUUAUUGUCGAGUAUGAGAAUACGUAUGCUAAUUGGGUGGCUCGGAUUCCUGAUGAGCAUUUCUCGACGUCUGAGUACUAUGGGAAGGAUGCUGUUAUUUUGAAUCAGACGCCUGAGGAUGCGAAUAUUGAUGAUGUUGUUCGGUUGGCGAAGGAUAUGGGCCUCGGUGCUAUUUAUCUGGCUUCAGAUGAUAAUUAUAUGAGUCUCACUACUGUGCCUAAGGUUGCUGUUGCUGUUGCGCAAAACCGGAGUGCUAGGCGCAGGGGACAUAGUCGAUAUUAG